UCAGAAAUAGAAAGUGCGGAGCUCUGAGGAGGGACUCCUGGGACCGUUUGAAGUACAGACAGGGGGUCGGGGAGCGUUUUAUCUCGGGGACGUGACGGUUUGAUGCUCGCAGACCUUUCAAGGAGCUUUUUUUAAAACACAGAUAAGAGGAUUGGCUCGAGAGGAGCCAUCAAAACAGGCCGAGAGACAAAAGCUCCACAGACCGAGCUGUGGCCGCCCGGAGGCUCGUCUGUACACCACUUUUUGCUCGUCGUGUUUCCAGACACAAACGUCUUUGCGACUUUCUGUGUGUGACGGUCAUGCAUGACACACGCGUGUUCUUCUGCACUAGUCAUCUUUCAAAAAAAGGGGCGUCUCCAUUAAAGGAAGAGCCCGCCAGCUUUUAGAGGCCUAAUCUGUGAAGAAUGCUCUAUCAGCGCACUAUCAGCAGCUCCUCCAGCAGAGGAAGGCUGAUGUAUCUCGGGUUUUAAAUGGAUCCUGAGGACAAGAGAGGACCGAGCGCGCCAAGUGACUCGUGUCAAGUGGACAUCCUUAUCUCCCAAAGAUGGGCGACUCUCUCUCUCUCUCUCUGGAAGGCAGCGGCGGCGAGCGCUCAGGCUCAGAGCAGCUGCAGGUUCAGAGAAGGACGGAGCUUCUUGAUUUUAGCGUCCUGGCUGCUCUGUCAUAAACAAACCGCGCGGCCCACAUCGAGUCUGCGUUGGGGAGCUCUCAGGAGGUGGACCGCUCUGGAGCAGACUGCUCCACUCCAGGCAGCUUGUCCCUCCUCGCGGCCGCCGGCAGCCGGGGGCCACCAUGACGGAGUGGACUCUGCUCAAGCGCCUCCUGGACGCCGUACACCAGCACUCCACCAUGAUUGGCCGGCUGUGGCUCACCGUCAUGGUCAUCUUCCGGCUCCUGAUCGUCGCCGUGGCCACCGAGGACGUGUACGCCGACGAGCAGGAGAUGUUUGUGUGCAACACGCUGCAGCCGGGCUGUUCCACCGUCUGCUACGACGCCUUCGCGCCCAUCUCCCAGCCUCGCUUCUGGGUGUUCCACAUCAUCAGUGUGUCCACGCCAUCGCUCUGCUUCAUCAUCUACACGUGGCACAACCUGUCCAAGCACAACGCCACCCAAAGGUUGGGGCAGGGGGCGGCCGACGCGUCGGGGCAGGGAGGCCGGGACGGCGGGCGAGAGGCCUAUGAUCGGAGCUGCGACUCAGACAGCUGCUCCAUCCAGUCCCAUAAGCACCUGGGGCACAGCCUGGCGAAUGUGCUGGAGGGCAUCGCCGCCAAGGACCUCCAGAGGCUGGACCCCAAAACCUUGAGCCAGGCCCGAGCCUGCACCUUCAGGGAGGGGGGCACAGAGGCUCAUGUGGGCUCCGGAGGGGUUUUGUCCAAAUGUUACAUCUUCCACGUGUGCCUACGGGCUGUCCUGGAGGUGGGCUUCGUCCUGGCUCAGUGGAAGCUGUUUGGCUUCCAGGUGCCCGUCCACUUCCUGUGCACCUCGUCUCCCUGCAGCCAGCCGGUGGACUGCUACGUCUCCAGGCCCACGGAGAAGACCAUCUUCCUGCUCUUCAUGUUUUGUGUCGGGGUUUUCUGCAUCCUGCUCAACCUGCUCGAGCUCAACCACCUGGGCUGGAAGAAGAUCCGCCGGGCAGUGCGGCUGCAGGAGCACGGGUCCUGGGGAGCAUACGAGACCUUCCCUCCAGACAGCCCCUCCUUCACAUCCUCUUUAGGCUUCAGGGACGUGACCAGCACCACCUCGCUGCCCACCCUGAACCUGGUGGUGGGUCACCAGCCGGACUGGACCUGUGCGGUGGACUGUGGCAGGAUGAGGGAGCCGGAGGAGGUCCGAGAGAAAAGACCGGAGCCCCUAAGGAGAGAGGACUCCCAUAAAGGAGAGAGGCAGCCUUUGAAGAGCAAGAGGGAGAUCAGUGGGUCCAAACACAGGAGUGCCGAGGUCUGGAUUUAGUCUCCAUGACACCGCUGUCUUUAUUUAUGCCGACCCAUGGAGCUCACCAAAAAAACCACCUGGAUCACGUCCUCAUGUGUGGAGCAGAGACUCAUCUUACGCUGUGAUGAGGGACGGGACCAGUGAAGCUGCAUUUUAAAGUUGUAGUACAUCACUGCUCAGACUGUCCUGUAAUUAUCAGUUUAGAUUAGAAGUCUGUGCACAUUUAUCAAAUAUGUCAUGCUGACCAAAGUCCUGCACAAAAGACACAAAUGGAUAAAAAUAAAUAUGAACUACAGAAAAUAAAUAAAAUGCAUUAAGCUGCUAAACGUCAGGGCAGACACACUAAUCCUAAGUGAACAGGUCCGACUCUGAAUACCAAGAAAAAUAAGGGUUGUUUCUUACAAAUAUUCUGAUUGAGUCAUAUCUGGAUGUAAAGUUUGAACCUGAUGUUGACAUAAUUUUGUGUAUAAACAGAACAGACUGAACAAAGAAAGAAAACACGUGAACGCUGCCUCGAUAUUUACUCCUCAUUUAUUUACGCAAUAUAUUUUUGGAAUAUAUUCAUUUACAACAUCUAUAAAACACCUUUUACAUAAAUUAUGCUACUGAAAAACUAAAACACAGAACUGUGACGUUUCCUGUGCAGGGAAGGGGUUUGCAGACUGAACACUGAGACUGCAAAGGCAAACGGAGGCGCGGGGUGGAGAGAGCGGUUUGUUUUAGUGUAUCAAAGAGUCAGUUAUUCUCACUGUGGGAGUGUGAGGAAGGCCCAUCGUGGGUCUGCAGCCUGUAAACAAAACCAAACAUCUGGGUGUUUUUUUUGUUUUUUUGCCUGUCCCGUUUGGCUCUUUUGCAUCAGAA